CUUGACUUUCUAUUUAAUCAUGGAAAUAAUUUAAACCGUGGGAAUUCAGCAUUUUGUAUCCAAACAUGUAAGUCAGUAUAUGAAACGUGAAGCAUAUAUAUAUACAUAUAUUUCCAUGUUUAUGGAGAUGUGAAGCAUACAAAAGUGAGCGUUGACUCUGAAGAAAUGGUGUUGUGCUUGAGAAUGGUGUUGCUUCUGGUUGUUCUUGUUUUGGGGUUUGGUAGCAAUGGAGUCUAUGGUGCAGUUUCUUCUUCCACUUUGAGCAAGAUCAGUAGAAUAAACGAGGAGGGUCCAUACUUAGGUAUAAUAGUGCCAAAUUCCUUUGAGAUGAAUCCUCUCAUGCAAUCUGGUAGUUUUGUGGCCGAUCUCGAGCUUCCUUACUUGGAUUUUUCAGGGAGGAGGUUUCGAAUCGGGCGCUUGAAAAAUGAAAAGGUUAUUAUUGUCAUGACAGGGUUAAGCAUGCUAAAUGCAGGUAUAGCUACACAAUUGCUGCUCAGCCUAUUCAAGGUGAAAGGAGUUCUGCACUAUGGAGUAGCAGGAAAUGCAAAUCCUCAGCUUCAAAUUGGAGAUGUAACCAUCCCUCAAUAUUGGGCUCAUACAGGUCUUUGGAAUUGGCAGAGGUAUGGAGAUGGACCUGAGGAUGAGCUAGCUUUAGAAUCCAAUGGAGACUACACCAGAAAAAUCGGUUACCUUAAGUUUUCAGAUUACAACAAUGGCACAGAAUGCAGUAAGUCUUCAGAGAACCUCCUCAACAAUGUUUGGUAUCAGCCUGAAGAAAUAUUUCCAGUGAAUGGAAUUCCUGAGCAGAGGCAGCAUGCCUUUUGGGUUCCAGUCAACAAGCAUUACUUUGCCAUUGCAGAAAGAGUUCAGGGUUUGAGCCUUGGUAGAUGCGUUAAUACAACUUGCUUACCAAGAAAUCCAAUGGUGGUGAGAGUAAAAAGAGGGAUCAGCGCUAAUGUCUUUACGGACAAUAGAGCUUAUCGAGAAUUCUUAUACUCCAAGUUCAAUGCAACUGCAAUCGACAUGGAGACCGCUGCAAUUGCUCUGGUCUGUCACCAACAAAAGAUGCCUUUUAUUGCAUUUAGAUCCUUGUCUGAUUUAGCUGGCGGGGGUUCUGCCUUGUCAAAUGAAGCUGCUGUGUUUGCCACUUUGGCGGCCCAAAAUUCAGUCAGUGUUCUGCUUGGAUUCAUUUCCCUAUUGUCUUCAUGAGUAUAUGCACCUUUUCUUCUAAGACAUCCUGUUUGGAUUUUUAAAAUUCUAAUUUGGAUUUUGAUAGUUACUAGUACAAUUAUGUAAGUUCCAACACCCUUGUGAGCGUUGGGUCUCAUUUGUAUUUGAUAACAUUGGUUUGAAACGCUAGUUUUUCAUAUUUCCUUUUGCUUAGACCUGUUUGCAUGAAUAAUUAUGAACAUCUAGCUGAAGCUUUUCUAGAA